AUGGAUUCAAUAGAAGUAACACAUUAUCGUGUAUAUCGAAAACGAUGGAUUCAAUUAAUUGUUUUUGUGUUGGCAACAUUUUCAAACGCCAUAACAAGUAUAACAUUGGCUCCUAUUGAAUCUGAAACGUCUAAAUUUUAUAAGAUAACAUCAGCAGAAGUUAAUUCAUUAGCAAUUGUAUUUUUAUUUCUUUAUUCUCAAUCCUGAAAGGAUGAGUCUUCACAACGGAAAUUUGUCUGUUUGUCCGGUGUCUGAUUGGUGCGCCAGGGAACCAAUAGAAAUCGAGUUUUCUGAAAAAGGGCUCCCAGUAGGUAUUUUGGGGCAGGGAGUUCGAAUACGAGGCCCAUUGGCCUCGCAACCCUACUGGUGGGCCAGGGAACCAAUAGGAAUCGAGUUUCUCAGAGAAUGGCUCCCCGUAUGUGAUUCAGUAUUGGAGGUUGGAGUGUGAGCUCCAUUAGCCUUAAAACUUUCGCUUCUAUCUGAGUGACCAAUUGAUGAGAGGUUUAGAAAGAAAGCUCACUGAAAGAUGUUAAGGAAAGCGAAGUUUGAAAUUGACCUACUUUCUAAAUGGCUUGAAACGCUGUUUUCAGAGUGUAGGUCUUUAUACAUAAUGAGUAAGGUUCCACGUAUUAUUUUUCCUUAAAAAGGUUUGAAUCAAGAUUACGAUUGAUUCCCGAUUUUUCUGCCACGCAUGAGAUACUUUGCUCAGAUUUUUGUGGA